UAAUGUGAUUUUAGUGCUGUCUAGCUAAAAAAUAUUCUAUGAUUAAAUGAAAAAGUUGUUAAGUCGAUUGAAAAAGAAGUGAUUGAUUAAGAAAUGUGUUAAAAUUUUAUUAAAAAAUUAAACAAGUGACAGUUUCAAUGCGAAUCAAUAUUAUUUUAUAAAAAAAAGAUGUAAAUUAGCAAGUACAUAACGAAAGAGAAGAGAAAGAAUGGAGGUUAAACACCUUUUCUUUGUUUUUGCAUUUAAAAUUGUCAGUUAUUGCUGCUGCUGUUCAAUUCAACAACUGUUCCUUUUGAGAACAGGCUGUUUAUAUACAUACCUCCAGACGUUUAAAUAUACACAUUCAUAAAACCAAAUCGCAUUUAAGGAGUUUUUUAUAAGAUUUUCUAAAAUGUCAAAAUACUCAGGUAAAAAAUGUCGCCUGCUGACUAUGAUGAUGUUGACCGGUUUCUUCUUUUUUGUCGAAAUUGUGGUCGGCUAUGUUACAAAUUCAAUGGCUUUGGUAGCUGACAGUUUUCACAUGUUGGGCGAUAUAGCCGCAUUGGUGAUAUCAUUUUUAUCAGUUAAGAUGUCACCGAAAAAAUGGUCAAAAAAUACUUUUGGUUGGGCACGAGCCGAAGUAUUGGGAGCUUUAGUCAACGCAGUAUUUUUGGUUGCAUUAUGCUUUAGUAUUACAAUAGAAGCGAUUAAAAGAUUUAUAGAAGAAGAGACUAUACACGAGCCAGAAUUGUUGGUUACUGUAGGCGUAUUAGGUUUAAUUGUAAAUGGUAUAGGCUUGUGUUUGCUUUAUGAGCAUGGUGGUCAUCAUGGCCAUUCACAUGGUGGAGGCUUAAGACGAAAUCAUAGUAGACUUACCGAAUUAGCUAAUGUAGACGGUGAAGGAGAAAAUCCUGAUGAUUUUGUUUAUGAAAAAGAGGAAAAACCAAUUAAAAAAUCCAGUCAUGGUCAUAGUCACGAUCCCGGCUCCAUGAAUAUGCGUGGUGCAUUUUUGCAUGUGCUAAGUGAUGCUUUGGGUAGUAUUAUUGUCAUCAUAAGUGCUUUGGUCGUUUGGCUGACCGAAUGGGAAUAUCGUUUUUAUAUGGAUCCUGCUUUGUCCAUUGUUUUAGUUUGCUUAAUAUCACAAUCAGUUUGGCCUUUAUUGCGAGAAUCUGCAUUAAUUUUAUUACAAACAGUGCCAACACAUAUCCAAGUUGAUGCCAUACAAAAACGUUUGUUGGAAAAGGUUGAUGGUGUUUUGGCAGUACACGAAUUUCAUGUCUGGCAAUUGGCUGGCGAUCGCAUUAUAGCUUCAGCUCACAUAAGAUGUCACAACUUAUCGGAGUAUAUGAAAAUCGCUGAAAAAGUUAAAGAAUUCUUUCACAAUGAAGGCAUACAUUCGACGACCAUACAGCCAGAAUUUGUUGAUAUGGAUGGGGCGUGCAUAGUGUCUGAGGGUACAUCCAGUCUCAAUAUGAGUAGCUCCGACUGCUGUGCAUUAGAUUGUCCACCCUCAACCGACAAUGGUUGUGUCAAAGCCACAUGUUGUCAAAACAAUAACAAAGUGAAUCAACUGCCUUCACCAACCAGUUCACCGUAUAUGUGUCGUCAACGUAAUUCAACUAGAAAUACCAAUGAUGUAGAGUCCGGUUCAUUGUUAGAUCCUGUAACAAGCACAGGUGGUGGCGGUUCCCUUGGCACUGUCGGUAGUGGCGGAUCAACGGCCAAAGAGAGUAAUGGAGAAGUAGUCUGACAACAUUCGUUCCAUGUGACACGUAGUAGUAUACCAGUAGUGGCUCAGGAAUUCAACCACUUACAUGCAACAUCUUUAUCCAAAAAUAUACAUCAUCAACAAACACAAGAAACGAUGAGAAAUAAUCAUCACAAUCAUAUUCCAAACAA